CUUUACUGAUAUAUCUGCUCGUGGUGUCAUUUUUGGUUUCCUUCUCUUUUCAGAAGCCAGCAAGUUCUCACUGAUCCAUUUUCUGAUUGUUUCAGCUGCUGUAAGGAACCAUUGGUCAGAAAGCAAUACUGAACCCCACAUAGAAAACAUCACCUUUGGUCAGAAUCAAGUGGACUCUUCCACAGUGGCCUCCAAAGAGGAUGUAAUGGUUCAUACCCCAGACAAGAGCCAUACACCUUCCGAUGCUCCAGGAAACUUCACUUCACAAACAGAAACAGCAGAUGCUGGAGGAAGGAACGACCCUUUGAGGAGAAUAAAUGGCACCAUUUUUCCUUUUGGGGCUAAGAUAGCAACAGCUCUGACUUCCCAGAGCAGCACCUUAGCCUUUAGAAGGAGUCGCCUGCCAUCCAGCAGUGCAGAGUCAGAAGGAGGAGGCACCCCUUCUCACACAGAAAGUAGAACGUCCCAGAGUUCCCUGGCAAAGGGGGACAGGCUCCCCGAAGAAGUGACUGCGCACACCCACGUGUCUACUUCUGUUUUGAGCCAGUCCUCUCUUCCUGCUUUGGAGAUGGGAGAAGAGACCACACUCUCCAGGAAGAGAAAUUCCUCAGAGGCGGAGCUCCCCUGGCUGCAUUUCUCUAGGACCUCAGCUUACUCUCCUCCCUCAGAUCAUUCCACAGCUUCUAGAAGCAUAGAGGAGCUAAACAACUCCACCGCUCUCCAAAGCCCCUCGAUCAGAGAGACAAAGAGUGUGCAUGUUGCUACCGUGUUCCCCAGUGGCGUUCCAAGGAGGAUCCAGUCCUUAUCUGUCAGUCUGGGACUGCUAAAUGAGACAGAAAGUUUCCCUGAAGAGUCUGAAAUUACCAUGACUUCGGCACCAGUCCAUUCGCCCUCUGAGGCAGAAUUGAGAACAAACAGUGGCGUAAUCAGGAAUCCAGGGAAUAGGAAUUUCAUGGAGCCAUCCUCAAAAAACGGAUUUGGUCUUACAUCUUCCGAGACCUCAGUAAGAUUUUGGCAAAAUGAUUCCCCAAUCUCAGAAGGACCCCAGCUGGCCAGCAGCUCCGAUGCAGAGAAUGGACACCGCAUGUCUCAGACUGGGACUAUGUCUGGGUCAGUCCCGUCGGUCAGAGAUGGAGCGAGCACUGCGCACUGGUUCUUGACCGAUAGCAAGACAUUCGCAGAUGUGACAGGAACCGCCACUUCCUAUCCUGAAGUUGUGAACUCUUCAGUUUUGACCCAGUUCUCAGCCUCUGCCCCACAGUCUAGAAGAAGUGACACCACACUGGGUGAAAGGAGUUACUCGGAGCCAGCCACCGAGUCUUUGUCCUCGUCUUCCUCAGAAAGCCUAGAGUCCUCAGCACCACUUGGCGAGCGCUCGACCACUGAAGAUAGUCCUGAGCCGGGAGUCAGUGCUGACAUGCAGGAGGGGUCCAAGGGGACAUCCGGAGCCGGUGCUCACAGCCCGCACACUUCAGCUACAUUCACCGGAAACGGAGAACGCACAUUACGCUCCCUCACCAACCGGAGCUCGACUUCUGGGGAUGUGAGGCACUCCGCCCCGGUGCCCAGGGAAACGGGGAGCGUCCCUCCGCAUGGGACUGGUGACGCCCAGCUGGGUUCAAAGUCUCUGGCAGCCUCACCUGCUCUUGGAGUCACUGGAACUAGCUACGAUCAAGUGAGUGGCACAGAUAUUGAACAGAGGACUUCCAGCGACCACAUGGACCACACCUACGUCUCAUCUACCUUCACCAAGGGAGAACGAGCUUUACUGUCCAUCACAGACAACAGUUCCUCCGCAGACAUAAGGGAGAGUUCGACCUCUUCUGUUAAGAUCUCAAACUCUUCGCAAUCAGACCGUUCUUCCUCUUCUCAGGUUCAGACUGAAAGAAGUAACGUCUCAUCCUAUGGCAGGGAAUACGCGCAGCCUUCCACCGAGUCACUGGGUCUGCGUACAGCAACUUCCGUUGGUGACUCAUCUUCUUCUUCAUCAGGGCCCCCUUUGCCCCUGCCCUCAGUGUCACAGUCCCACCAGUUGUUCUCCUCAACCUUACUAUCAACCAGGGCCUCUGCUCAUCCACUGCAGUCCACGCCUGAUGUCCCCACACCUUUGUCUUCCUUGCCACCACCUUUGCCAGCAUCCCUGACAGUCUCUACUCCUGCUUCACUGUCUGUGUCCCAGACAACCCUAUCACCUUCACCUUCUACCCUGGUCCUGCCUAGGGCAAGGGACCCUCCUGUUAUUGUAGCUCGGACGUCGACAGUGGCAUCGUCUGUGACAAUGCUCUCCAGUAGUCAAACAGCAGAUCCUAAGAACCAGAGCAACCCACACCAUGAGAAAAUAGCUACAGAAUCAAAGCCACCAAGCCUGGAGUCUCUGCCCACAGAGGCUAUCGAAGCUGAACCAAGGAGUUCUAUUUCGGGAACCCCUUUGUCCCCUGCUUUAACAGAGUUCUCCACUGAGCAAACCCUUCCAGCCACGAGCACCAGCUUAGCCCAAACGCCUCCAGCUUCAAGAGAUACCACUCUCAAGACCUCUCACCCCCUGGUGCCCACUCUCAGCCCCCCGUCAAGUACUUCAGCUCCGAUGACUGGCCCCACAACAGUGCAGACUAUGGCUAGAAAACAGCUCUUGCCAACCAGUCCUAAAAUUCUAGAGCCACAAGUCUCAACAGAAGGUGCUGUCACCACCAAAAGGAACCAAGUGCAUAUAGAGGAUUCUACCCAGUUGAUCCCCCUGACCACUGUACACACAUCACCAAAAGUACUGACCACAGGGCUUGGCAUUUCAGAAGAGUACAGCCCCGAUUCACAUUUCCUCAGAACAUCUCCUUCUCCCCAAAUCACAGAUGUUUCUACGGCUGAAGUGUUGACUCCCAAACUUACCACCUUCCCUGCUCGGAGCAGCACGCAGUCACCAACGGCAUUAUCCUCUCCAGCCUCAGUGAACAGCUGUGCCACUAACCCCUGUCUUCAUGAUGGGAAAUGCAUUGAGGACCCCACAAGCCAUGGGUAUCGAUGCAUGUGCUCACCUUCCUGGCAAGGGGACGACUGCAGCGUGGAUGUGAAUGAAUGCCUCUCGAACCCCUGCCCACCCCUGGCCAUGUGCAACAAUACUCAGGGAUCCUUUACCUGCAGAUGCCCAGUUGGGUACCAGUUGGAAAAAGGAAUAUGCAAUUUGGUUAGAACCUUCGUGACAGAGUUUAAAUUAAAGAAAACAUUUCUUAAUACCACUAUGGAAAAACAUUCAGACCUACAUGAAGUUGAAAAUGAGAUCACCAAAACAUUAAAUGUGUGUUUUUCAACAUUACCUGGUUAUACCCGAUCCACAGUUCGUGCUUCUAGAGAGACCAGCGCAGUGAUCAUGUCACUGCAAACCACCUUUUCCCUGGCCUCCAAUGUGACGCUGUUUGACCUGGCCGACGGGAUGCAGAAAUGUGUCAACUCCUGCAGGUCCUCUGCUGAGGUCUGCCAGCUCUUGGGAUCUCAGAGGCGGAUCUUUAGAGCGGGCAGCUUAUGUAAGCGGAAGACUCCAGAAUGUGACAAAGAGACCUCCAUCUGCACUGAUCUGGACGGUGUUGCUCUGUGCCAGUGCAAGUCAGGCUACUUUCAGUUCAACAAGAUGGAUCACUCCUGCCGAGCGUGUGAAGAUGGCUAUAGGCUUGAAAAUGAAACCUGUAUGAGUUGCCCAUUUGGCCUUGGUGGUCUCAACUGCGGGAACCCCUAUCAGCUGAUCACUGUGGUGAUUGCAGCAGCAGGAGGUGGGCUUCUGCUUAUACUAGGCACAGCGCUGAUUGUUACCUGUUGCCGGAAGAAUAAAAAUGACAUAAGCAAACUCAUCUUCAAAAGUGGAGAUUUCCAAAUGUCCCCAUACGCCGAAUACCCCAAGAACCCUCGCUCACAAGAAUGGGGCCGAGAAGCUAUUGAAAUGCACGAGAACGGAAGUACCAAAAACCUCCUCCAGAUGACGGAUGUGUAUUACUCGCCCACAAGUGUAAGGAAUCCUGAACUUGAACGAAAUGGACUCUACCCGGCCUACACUGGAUUGCCGGGAUCACGGCAUUCUUGCAUUUUCCCAGGACAGUAUAACCCAUCUUUCAUCAGUGAUGAGAGCAGGAGAAGAGACUACUUUUAAGUGAGAAGAGAGAAGGGCCCAUUGCUCCAAGCUGGGUGGCCCCCGGGACGUCUGUUGCUCAGAGGACUGCACCAGGGGAGCACCGUGCAGGACUUUUGGAGCCACACUGGUGUGGCAGGCAGAAAGUGGGACAGGCGAGAGGGGCGUGACCACAGUGGAAGGGGACAGAUGGCACCUGUGGACGUGGCACUGCAGGCUGCUCGUUUGUUACUGUGAACGUGAUCAUGGGCCAGUACCAGGAGCAUCUCUCUGAGUGACUGCAACUUGGCUGCUGGCUCCAGGGAUGAUGUCAUCGAGGGCAGAUCAUUAGGCACCAUCGCAAGGACCCAGUUUUUCCUUAGUUUGCACUUUAGUAAGUUGGAUCAGGAGGUCUGCUUUUGAAUUUUUUUCAAGACUAUUCCAGAAAGGCCUCUUUUCCUCAGACACGUCUACAGGCCUCCAUUUGGUUAUUAUUUACAGCCAAACACUGGCUUUUUAGUUGUUUUCCUGCCCGGUAUCCAUGUGUUAAACAAUAGAUGAUGGUGAUGAACUUACCACUAAGGUUUGGAGAUGCUGUAGAUUAAUGUACAAUAUUUAAUGUUUCUAGGUCUUCUUGUGCUUCGGUUUCCAAGCCAACCCCCCAAAACGAGGAAUUGAAAUUUGUGAAGCACAGUGCACAACUCCAGUUUGUUUUCUCAGUCAAGGUGACACGUUGAUUUAAGGUUUUUUCCCUUUGCAGUUAAAUCUCACUUUUUAAAAUAUGUCUGGGCAAAACAACCUCCAUUUGGUUUUAGUUUAAGUAUCCAGUUGCCCCGUAGUGAUGUCCAGCAAGCAGCAACGGGCACUUGUGCCUGGCGAAGGCCCCUGGAGCUAGAGUUACAGAGCUGCAAGCAGCAGGGCAUAGCAUGGUGCCAGGGACGCUGACCUUCAUCUUUGAGGCCAGCCGUGCUACAUAUAGAAUAGAAAUGGAAAGAUAAAUGCAGAUUGGGUCCAAGCUGGUAUUUCACCACUAAAAGAAGAGCAGCUGACGUAGUCCCUACAGCUGAAUGUGGUUGGAGGAAUGGGCUGAAUCACAGGCAAGUUCCGUUUCCUGAAACACCAGUUCUUUGGGACGCUGUGUGGAUUCCUGUGGAAGAGUAAGGAGCUGGGAUGGAGCCACAUGUAAGUCUACUUACCUUCUAACGCUGCAUCUUUGCUCGAAUCUCUGAUCUCAUCCACGAACUCGGUGUCAACUUUCAACCAACUGCUCAAGCUAUUUAUUCACUGAAGAAGUAACUUAUUUUCCCUGUUCCAGUAAUUUGUACCUAUUUAUACCACUACAUAGUUCCCUCUAGAAACGCGGUUCUAAUUCAAGUCAGCAUCGGAGAACUUCUGGCCAGGUAGGGAGUUGAAAGUUUGCCUUUGGGAGGAAAAUUCCAUAUGUCUUAUUUAUUAUGGCUAUGACAUGGGUCCUGCAAAGGGGCACAUCCAGUACUCAGUGUCUUUCACUGCUCCUUGUGGAACUAUGAUUAUCCUCAUCACCUGCUUUUGAAACAUCCUAGUUUUGGAUGAAGUGAAGAGACCACAGAGGUCAAAGAAUUGUUCCCACCCUGAAGCUUAGAGCUCGAUGGCACCCACAUUUUUGAAAAUGGGGUAACGUUUGGGGACAAUUCUGUCCUGGGCAUGGUUGUUUCUUCAGAGUUCUCUACUCUCUUCAGAAUGUAUCUAAUCCUUAUUCUUCUGUACUCCUUGUCUCAACAGUUUUAAGUGCAGACUCCUGUGUCCCGUGGUCUCCACAGGUCAUCAGCACCCUGCUGCAGCAGGAACACUAGUCAAGUGUGAGGCCUCUUAGAGUUAAGUUGCACUCAUCUCAUGACGUAGAUUUUAAAAGAAUUCUGUUUUUGUCAAUGGAUGCCCAUUUAAAAUUUCAGAGUGUCACCUUUUUGAAAUCUCGGGUCUUGCAUCUCUCUGUUGAACCCAACAGCCCUUUUUGCCUCGUGGCCUCACAUCUAACUGGAGAGUUCUGAGCUCCUGCACUCAGCUCACCUGAGCCAUCAGACUUGAUCCCUCCUGAGGUAGCCUAGCUUCCCGGCUCUCCAUCGGAUUUUUGCCCAUCCCCAGAACCCAGAGCCAUGGUGGGGGGUUUACUCCUAGGUAUACACAUCGGCCACCUUCAGCUGACAUCACAGUUGGCAAAUCAUCUCCUAUAUCUGGGCCAGAAGCUCUAAGCUCCACAAAAUGAAGUGUUCUCUCUCAAAAGCAUUCUUGAGAAGAAUCCCAAAGUCCAGGAAGGAAUGUCCUGUGAGUUCCAAGAAUGCUUUCCUGUGAAUGGGUUUUGUGCAUAUGAAGUGGAUUAAGAAUAUUGUUUUUCUUUACUGUGAAAAAAGCAAGCACUCUGCAAUUUCUAGGAGGCAUGUGGAGGUGGGGAAAGUGCAUCUCAAGAGCAUGAAAGUCUUAAGAAGGCAUGAAAACAGUGUGACUUUUAGCCAGCACCAUCUGCCCACCCUGGGUGAGGAAGGGAGAGGCUGGCUUCCCUCCUUCUUGGGGAUGGGACCUCCAGAGGGAACACCUGAUAGGGCAGCGGCAGCCUCUGGUCUGAAAGGGCCGACUGGAUGCACCCCUGGUAGCAGAAGCUCUUAGCUCUGGGGCAGGUGCUCACUGUCAACCCCCACACCUGGAGUGUGUAAUUCAUGCACACAGAAAUGCUGUGGUCCUGUGUCGGGCUCCACAGCUGCGGGGAGGUGGGAGGAAGGGAAAUGUGACACUUAACUGCCCAUGAGAUGCUUAAACUUCUGUAGGGAACAGUGGGGCCGAAGGAAACUACCUGUCCCACAGCAAGGUGAUUCUCAGAGUGGGGCGCUGCUUGCCUGCUGGCCCCCCAGCAUCUGUGGGUUUUGUUUAAGCUCUUAUAAGGUCUUAUUUCUCCUGUCUUUUCCUCUUUGCCCCGUGAGCCAGCCCAGGGUGUUAGAGAUGAAAUGGAAGCCUGAAUAGUUAAAACUAGCAUCCCUGGUGUUCCCACCAUGGCCAGGCUCUGAGCAAGGUACUUGGCCUCACCACACCCUUAUGAGGUGGGCAUGAGAAUGCCCAUUUUUUGCAUAGAUCUAGGAACCUUCAAAGAAGAGAAAUAUGUUGCCUCGGAGAGCGUGGAUUCAAACUCUUCUGCUAGGCUUAAUCUCCCCACUGUACCUCCCUGCCUCACCUUCCUGGCAAUACUUCAUCAUCCAGUGCACUUUACAUGUCAAAGAGAACAUGAGAAUGAGCUUAAAGUUUUAAGAUUAAAAAAAAAAAAAAACCCUUAAUAUGAUUAAGCAGUAACUAAAGUACAAAAAACGUUGAAUCCCCUUUUAAAAAAAGUCUUUUUGGGUUUGUCGUUACAUAUAUUUCUUGGGCACUUGUGGUCACCAUUAAGAAAAUAGUGUCUGGCUCGUGCUUAGCAAGAAGCAUAUUGGUACGUGACUUAGGAUGUAGGAAGUGUAAGGUGAUGACCUGGGGUUUUGACAAACACAACUAUUUGAGGGCCACUUCGCUUUUUUCCUCAUAAUAUAUAAUAAGGCCAUGGCUCCCACAUAUUGGAAGCAUAUUUUUGUGAGUGUUCUCAAAGAUGGAAACAUUUUCAGUUGAAUGUCUUAAAUGCUGACAAAUCUUCCUCCUUUGACAAAAGUUUAUUUUCAGAAGCAGCUAAGUCAUUUAGAGCCAAAAUUGCUGAGUGGAUAGAGUAAUCAAGCUGACGGAUAGCAUUUGAAGUCAAAACCUAAGAUGUGAUUAUUAAGUUCUUGAAGAGAUAACUGUUAAAGUAGGCCUAAAAGGGAGGGCAGCAUCUUUGCAAGACAAGACUGGAUAGCUGCCCAAGAAAACGUCUUUGAAGGAUGAUAUUUAUUCAGAUGUUAAAGUUCCAGAGAAGACACAGCAGGGCCAUCCCUAGCAUAUGGCCUUUGGGGGCCUCUAUUAAGCCAUAUUGCCCACUGGUGAAGUGCCUGGGUACCCUGUAGCCCUUGAACUUUGCCCAGAGAAGCUAGAAUUGUAUAUAGUCCAGUUGCUCCUGGCUUCCUUUAACCUAACACACCCAGAACUUGGGUUUGACCCAGAGUUCUAAAAUCCUUACACUGAUUUCAAAAGUAGAGCACUUCUUUGGAGAGAGGGAGAAUUUCAGCAUUUCACAUCUUAUUUUAAACUACCCUUAAUACCAGAGAUAUUUUUUCUAUAUGAAAACUUUUGUGGGAUUAGAAAGGGAUAUUCUAUUUCCUUCUUUUUGACAGAGCAUCAUUUUGGGGUUCUUAUAUGCAUUUUGGGAAACAUGGUUUUGUAGAUUUGGUGUUUGAGUACAGUAUGUGUUCUUUUUUCUUUCCCUUUUCAUGAAUCCCCAUAAAAGGAAACUGGUUAAAAUACUAGGAACAUGAAAGAAUUAAAUUUCAGUUAAUUUGUUGUGCGAAAGUAUCUUUUCAGUAGUGUUAUAAUCCAUCUUAUUUAAUGUAAACUGCUCACAGGAAAACCUGUGAAAUCAGAGGGGACAAUGUAGGUCUGAAAAGAGGCAGCUCUUAGCUGGCUCUGUCCCCUUGCCAUUUUUAAAGAGGACAUAUUAGAUUCUGGUUUUAUCAUUGUUUUUUGAACACACCUAAUGCACUUCAGGUGCAGAGUCAUUGAAUAGGAAGGUUGGGACCACCCAGGGAUGGGAUGGGAUCGGUCUACCUGGGAAACUAACCCAACUCACUUAUCGUUAUGUAUUACUUUGGCCUGUUUCUUUUUUUAAAAAAAAAGAUCUUUCAUCAUAGGUUGCUGUGAGUUUUCUUAAUGUUUAUGUUGCUGGAUUUAUGGUUAAAUGGAGCAUGUAGCUGGAAUAUGGACUUUUUGAGUUUUCAUGUCCUGGAUUUCUCUUUGCAAACCUUUAAACCUUAGCCCCUGAUUGAUUGUGUUAAACCCAUUAUGAGAAUGUUAUUUAAAGUUGUAUUAUAAUUGCAAUCUACACUAAUUAUUCAGUACUGUAGCAGCAAAGUAUUAUUUGUAAGAAUUUGGUUAUUUUUAUACUUAUAUCCACUAUAAGUCUGGCGUUCUAGUCAGUAAAAUGAUGCAAUAAAAUAAAUAUCAUUUUCA